GAAAACAUUCAAAAAUGAGGGAAUUACUGCAUUCUUCAAAGGUGGCGGUUGUCGAAUGAUCGUGAUAGCACCUUUGUUUGGUAUUGCCCAAAUGGUGUACUUCUGGGGAGUUGCAGAGAAACUUAUGGGAAUUGAACGAUAAGGUAAAAAUUAAAGUUCGAUGCAACUUCUGCUGCCAUGACUAUGACAAUAAAUGGUGUGAUUUUAGGCCAGUAGUCCAAUUAGUUGUAUAACAGUGUUAAUUGGUCUUUACAACAAUUUCUGAUUUUAUUCAAUUGUAAAUGUGAAUGUAAUGGCAUAAAAAGUACAAUUUGGAUGGUCAUUUAUAUUCCAAAUAAUAUGGCUUGGUUUUGAAAUGACUCUUGCACCAUUCAAAAUGUAUGAUUUUUACUGAAUGUUGUGUGAUACUUAAACAUUUUAAAAAUAGAAUGAAUUUGUCUUGAUAAUUUGAAUGAUAAUUUUAUUGUGCAAGUAAAACAAUUAUAUUAGGUUUCAUGUAGAAGCAACAAGGCUGUACUUAAGCCAUAGUCAUGUGAAUUGUUGGUUCUGACAAAUGUAUCUUCCAUUCUGUGCAUAUGGUUGUGUUGGCCUCUGGAGGUGCUUUGUCAUAUGUGAACUCUGACUUAAUGUGCAGUAAGAAAGCAGAAGCUUACCAGCCAUUUUGUUGUUGAAGUUUCUUUCUGAAAGACCCAAAUAGUCUUGCUUAAGAUAUUUAACUCAAGGAUUUCUAAUUUUACCAUGCUAGAUUUUUAAUGUGGAACAAGUGUGGCAAGCACUGAAAAUGUGUGUCAAAGGCCAAUUGAAAGAAGAAGACGAAGUAGUAAUAGUAAUAGUAGUAAACAGUACUUCAUCUAUUUGUGAAGUCAAAUGCAGGAAUCUGAACAUUUAUAUCAUGGCAUUGAAAGCACAUAAUGAAUGACAAAUGUCAAUUUCUUGAGAGCAAUACAUUACAUGUAAAAAAAAAAAAUGUUCUGGUGCAGCUAUUAAGAAGCUUAGAGGUAGCUACAAAAAUUCACUUGAGAACAAACUAAUGCAAUACUGAUUUAGGAUCAGUGACAUUCCAGUGAGCACAUUCUGUCCAUAGGGCUGCAUUUUUCAGCAGAGUGGGAAGAACUAGAUUUAAAUUAGCAAUAUUUUGUGAACAGACUAACUGUUUUUAUAUUUCCCAGCUCACAGUGGAAAUGCAUUGAAGUGUCUUCCAAAUCUGUUAGGUUUAAUUCCAUUCAUUUUCCCUAUGGGAUUCACCUGCUUUGAAACACUAAUGUUUGAGUAAAUUUUCAUUUGCUUAUUUGGCAAGGAGUAUAAAUUACUGAUAUGAAACAUGAUCUAUUUAAGAGAUUUGAAACUAAUUGACUGGAAGAUGGUGGCAAUAUAAUAAUGAUUAUUGUAAUUCAAGACAUGUUUUAUUCCAACUGCAAUUUUUCUGUAUACCACCUUCAGUUUGUCACUUGUCAUGCCAUUCUGUUUUUCAAGUCUGGGGAACAACAAGAGUGACUUUGUCAGUCCUAAUACAAGUUAUAGUUCCUGCCCUAAUGCUUGAGUAGUUGGUGCUGUGGCAUUGAGCAUUUGCAGAAUUUUAUUGAUCUUCAGCAGUGUGAAUUCAUAUUUCUAUGGCGAAACUGCUUUAUGGUAAGAUGUCUUUUCAUUUGCAUAGGCCAGUAAAAUAUUACCAAUAAAACUCACAGAAACUCCUCUUUUCCAGGAUAUGAGUGCAUGAAACAUUCAUUUCUUACCAGAUUUAGAAGACAUUUUCAUGCAGAAAAUGGAAAAAUACAUAAAAUUAGUAACAAACCAGUCUCGGAAAAUGCUCUGAAAUAUUGGUGAAUAAAUGAAGGUAUAGAUUGUUGAAUGAGAACAAAACAUGUCUUCAACAUUAAAUAUUGCCAAAACCUUCCUUUCACCUUCAUAAAUCAGGGUUUUGUAAACAGUCUGAAAUAGUGAAAUUGGUGUUUAUACAUAAAAAAAAUUCUCAUCAAUAAUUGAACACUGGUGAUAGACAAAAGUUGGACAAAUAUUUUUAUAAAUCAUUUCUCUUGCCUCACACAGGAUAUUGUAAAAGAACUAAAAGAAAUAUAUUUGUCUGAGGAAUGGUAUUUUUUUUCCUCCAUUAUUUGUAUUUUUAUUAUUUUUCGUCUCAAACUAGCAUCAACAUUUGAGAAAUACAUAUCUUGAGAAAUGAAUAGGUAUUGAAAAAUUAGCAUUUAGUGUGAUGAUACAGGCACUAAAUAGUAUCAGUAAGUAUUGUGGAGUUCUUCUGUAGAAAAUAAUUGAUUGGUCUCCUUUUGCAUCUUGCUUUCCUGCAAGCAAAAACUUGCCAGCCCCAGGACAGGAAAAGUUGGUUUCUACAAAGUACUUUGCCAGCUUGUCAGUUUACAUAUGCUUCAGCAUGGAGGCCUAAAUGUAAGUAGUAUAUAGCUGAAAAACUGUUGUCUAUAUUUGCUGUUGAAAAAAAAAAAGUUACUUCAAAUUCUGGUUUGUUAUUUUACUUACUUCCUUUUUAUCCUACUAAUAGAAGCAAUGAACCCAAAUGAAAGUAUAAGGACUUACAAAAAUUGAUUUUGGUAACAUUGGUUGGUUGGUUGGUUGGUUGGUUGGUUGGUUGGUUGGUUGGUUGGUUGAUU